GGUUCCCGCUGGAUAAGGCAGUGAGCUACGCCAAACUGAGAAACCCUCUGCUCCUCAAUGACAUGAACAUGCAGUACUACAUACAGGACAGGAGGGAGGUGUAUCGCAUCCUGCAGGAGGAGGGAAUCGAUCUACCGCGCUAUGCUGUGCUGAACCGCGACCCAGAUAAACCAGAUGAGUGUAACCUGGUGGAAGGAGAGGACCACGUGGAGGUGAACGGAGAGAUAUUCCAGAAGCCUUUUGUCGAGAAGCCCGUCUGCGCCGAGGACCACAACGUCUACAUCUACUACCCCACCUCCGCAGGGGGCGGCAGCCAGAGACUCUUCAGAAAGAUCGGGAGCCGGAGCAGUGUGUAUUCACCAGAGAGCAGCGUGAGGAAGACGGGCUCCUACAUCUACGAAGAGUUCAUGCCGACAGACGGCACAGACGUGAAG